AACCUGGACCCCGUGCAAGCGGCCGCGCGGGGAGGAGGCGGAGGCGGGUCCGAGCGCGGGAUGGGCGUCGAGGGGGAGCUGUGAUCCCGCGCACCCCCGCCCCACGCGCGCGCACAUACACACACUCGCACACACGUACUCCCGCGCGCGCGCGCACACACACACUCACACACACUCGCACACACUCGCACAAACGCACUCGUACACGCCCGCGCCGCGAGCUGGCCGGCUUGCUCUCCCACGCAGGCAGCAUAUAGCAGAGCCUGGGGAGCGUGUCCGGCCGCUGCCUGGAUGCACCUCGCUCCCGGAUGCCCGACAGCCCAGUAGGGCUCAGGGAGGUCGCCCCACUACCAGAGCCUGGACAGUUUCAGAUGGUAUAGCCUUGCUCCAUGGUGUAAGCAAUGGCUGUAGGAAACAACACUCAACGAAGCUAUUCCAUCAUUCCGUGCUUUAUAUUUGUUGAGAUUUUUAUUGGUGAGAUAUCCAUGUAUUUCAUAAAGUCAACCAGAGAAUCUCUGAUUGCCCAGGAGAAAACAAUUCUGACUGGAGAAUGCUGUUACCUGAACCCCUUGCUCCGAAGGAUCAUAAGAUUCACUGGGGUAUUUGCAUUUGGACUUUUUGCUACUGACAUUUUUGUAAACGCCGGGCAAGUGGUCACGGGGCACCUAACACCGUACUUCCUGACAGUGUGCAAACCAAACUACACCAGUACAGACUGCCGAGUACACCACCAGUUCAUAAACAAUGGGAACAUUUGUACCGGAGACCUGGAUGUAAUAGAAAAGGCUCGGAGAUCCUUUCCCUCCAAACAUGCCGCUCUGAGCAUUUACUCCGCCUUAUAUGCCACGAUGUACAUCACAAGCACAAUCAAGACAAAGAGCAGUCGACUGGCCAAGCCCGUGCUGUGCCUCGGGACCCUCUGCACGGCCUUCCUGACAGGCCUCAACCGGGUCUCUGAGUAUCGUAACCACUGCUCUGAUGUGAUCGCAGGCUUCAUCCUGGGCACUGCUGUAGCGCUGUUCCUGGGAAUGUGUGUGGUCCAUAAUUUUAAAGGAACACGAGGAUCUCCUUCCAAACCCAAACCUGAGGAUCCCCGUGGAGUACCCCUAAUGGCUUUCCCAAGGAUAGAAAGCCCUCUGGAAACCUUAAGUGCACAGAAUCACUCUGCCUCCAUGACUGAAGUUACCUGAGACUGCCGAUGUGUGUCAGCUGUUUUUUUUAAUCACCCUCCAAUUCGAUACGUCAAGACACACAGUUACUUGAUGUCAAACUGUGAAUACAAGUAUUAUGUUUAUCUAGUUAGAGGCUAAUGUUUUGUACAUUUUUUGUAUGAGAACGUGAUGUAGCUUGCCCUGAUUUUCUUUUGUCAGCUUUAACAUAUUUAUGCCAGAAUUUUAAACCAACAACAUUUUCUUCUUGUUCAAGUGUGCAUUGGAGAACCACAUUUAUUCAAUGGUUGAUGUUGUUUUGUGAUAUUUGUACACAAACCUUCUUUUCUCAGUUUUAUAGACACAGAAAUAAAAUUACAACAAUUCACUUUAACCUUUUAUUACCACAGUUGCUGCCUCCGGCAGAAUUUUUGAAUUUUAAUGAAAGUUAACUUUUGAGUUGAAGGGAGGACAGUGUUGGUUAAUGUUAAAUCUCAAAAUCAAUGGUGCAAAGAGAUACUUCCAAAAAGAACUUUGUGUUCUGAUCGCUUAACCUGUUAUUGCAUUCCUAGUUAAAGUAAUGAAGACAUCUAGUUACAGAAAUCAUUGGCAGAGAAUCCUGGAUUUGAGGGGUCUUGGUGUUAUUAUGAUUCUUUCUUACAUAACGGCCUGUCCCAUCUAAGGAACUGAAAAUCUUUCUGGAAUCAUGUCCUUGGGCUGGUAGGUGACACUACAGCCUUCUUUCCAAAAAGUAGCCAUUACUAGCCUACCCUGUCAACUCAACAGUUUUGUAUAUCAUAUUGUAUGGACUUUAUAUGAAAAUGAAUAUUUUACAGUUUUCACAGUAUUAUUUUACAGAAAAGGUAUCAGAGCAUCUACAGCCUAGAGCCCCAGAGCAACAGCUUGACUUUGUGGCUUUUAAUUGUUCUAGAAUCUUAACUGCAUCUAAUUUUUCUAGCAUGAAAAUACCUAAUGUGUAACUCCUUUGAGAGAAGGAGCUCCCUCCUCUGUACCUAUCAGAAUGUUUUCUUGACACUUCCACAUUGGCUCUUCUUAGCUUUUUUUUUGUACAUAUUUUUUUUCUAAAGAGAAGAAAAAAAAUUAUCAGAAAAUGUAUUUUGACUCAUGUCCUUUGUUUAAGCUUCAUCCACUGGGCGAAGGUACUUGAAGAGUCACAAUGCAGUGACCUCAAUAAAAAUGUAUACUUUGCAGCUCCAUGCCUGCUGAGAUAAAUGCUGAUAGAGGCAUGACUGGUAGGUCCUUUCAUGAGGUCACGUUUGUGUGAGCAAAGUAAAAUAAUUCUAGAAAUUAAGACAUUCAGAAGCACAUUGGAUAUCUAGCAAGCUACCUUUGUCUUUAGCCUCCCAUAGACACUUCUGAAUUGUCAAAAAAAAGUCAGAUAGUUGAUUCAAAGGACAAAAGUUACCCCUGCUAAAACUUUCCCUAAUCCCCCAGCUCAUUCUGGCCUAAAUUUGGUUGCACUUACAUACACUCUCUCUCUCCCACACCUUCUAGUGGUGGUCAACUAGCGCUAGGUGGGAGAGCGAGGAAGGAAAGAGCAAACAGCAUACCCAUCCCACAUGUUUUGCCCUGUGCUUUCACACCCACAGUCUGGUGGUUCUCCCAACGGUGAGCCCAGGGAAGCUAUGGUAGGGCUAUGCUUGUCAGCACCAAUAUUAGAAUUCAAGUCUUCCUGCCUCCAAGUUCCACUCUUUCCGCUACAUGAAGAUGCUUUUGAACCAUGUCCACAUCUUUUCAAAGGGUUUUCUUAGGCGGCUGGGGGGUGAUGAAGGCGAAAAAAGCACACAGUGAGAAGGAAGCAUUCUGCUGAUGAGGAGUAAUUUGCAAGCUCUGAGCCCUCCCAUCUUGUAAAAACCACCUAACUAUAUAAUGUUGUCCAAUUUCAGAAUGAUUCAUUUUAUACGUAUUUUAGGAUUUUUUGUAACAGCAAUGAGAGCUCAGUUUUAUUUCAUGCUCAUGGUAAGACCUUCUGAAAUGCUGGCAGGCUAUACUUUUCUUGUCACAGUGAGAAACUCUUUGAAUGUCUGACUACCAAGAUGGUUAUUUCCAAGAAGGCAAAUCAAACUGACAAAGUGAGUGUUAUAUGGAAGGACCUAUUAGAAGUGUCCCAAGAUCUCUGGCCACAGACCCCAGUUUCCUGGACCUAGACUUGGGCAUAUUGAUUCAUGACCAGAUCAUGCUCCUCAGGACAUCCCACUGGGGCACUUGGAAUUAAGAGGCAUCUCUGGGCUCACCGGCCCUGGGAUUGCUGAGCCAGUCUGUGUCUUUCCAUUAUGCCACUGCAACCUCGGUCGGCAUUACCCUUUUUAGCCCCAAGUCACUUCACAGCCUCACACUGAUCUUUCAAGCCUGCCACUUGAGAUUCAUCUCUGGGAAGACUGGAGGUGCCUCCAUAUGGGCCUUCUAACAACAAAGGCCUCUUUCUAAAUAAGACAAGUGGUCACUGUAGCCAUAGAAUGAAUCCUUCAAUGAGCUGUCUUCCUUUUUCAAAGGAAAGCCCAGAG